AUGGAAGCACUUGGGUUCGCCGUUGAUGCCACCCUCUCUCGGACUUCUUCCGCCCACUCUGAUACCCGUGUCGCCAAGGACGAACCUGUCAUGGCGUUGGAGGAAGAGGAGCAGCGGCAGGAAGGGAUCGGAGAGCAACCCGAGUUCAAUGGGAAGCUGUUGGACCUUAGCCUGUCCAACUCGGACACACAGAAGACCACGUCGCCGGGGACGCCAGUGCUUGUGCUCAAUCUCAUCGAGUCCUUGGGUUCCGUGGAGCCACCGAAUCCGGAGUCGCCGGAGUCGGAGCCCCGCGUGUUCUCGUGCAACUACUGCCGUCGGAAGUUCUACAGUUCGCAGGCGUUGGGCGGGCAUCAGAACGCGCACAAGCGCGAGCGGUCCCUGGCGAAGAACGGCGGCCGCGGGGGUGCCCGGCUCGGCGACCAAUUCAGCCACAGGCUUCCGCCGAGCAUGGCGGCGCUGCCACUGCACGCGUUGUACGGCGGGCGGCCUCUGGGCGUUCAGGUGCACUCGAUGAUACACAAGCCUUACUACGGCACUUCCUCUGGCAUCGUGUUACACGAACAGCACCGGCCGACGAUGAUCUUCGACCAGCAACAUGGCGUCGGCACAAGGACGUCGGUUCUCGUGGAGCGGUUCGACGAGCCUGGGGUAAUGACCGGGGACAUCCGAUGGGUUGAUGCCGGAGACAGUGGUAUAGGGAGCAGGAAGGAGGUGCAGAUGCUUGACUUGACCUUAAGGCUGUAG